GGUCCCUUACUCGUUCCAUCUAUAUAAAGCGCCAGAGACCGGCGUUACGGAAGCGUUGGCCUCAUCGAGCUCUCACGGGAACGAGGCGAGGAGUAUCAUUGUACUUGGAUCUCUGUCGACUCCAAAUAUUUGGCCUCCAUCUGCACAGAUUAUGGAGAAACCCUGCAUAUUGACCACUAUGCUCGGACCAAAGGGUAUCUACAGUUGUUUUAAACCCUGCAUUGAGAAGCAUUUCACAAUAAUCAGUUAUGAGGAGUUUGUUGAAAGAAAGGAACAUUUUGCAGGAAAGAUCCGGGCCAUCUUUGUUUGGGGUUUAAACUUAAAGGUCAAUAAGGAACUUUUACAAGCAUUACCCAAACUUCAGGUUGUUGUGAAUGGUGGUGUAGGAGUGGACCACCUAGACAUACCGCUCAUGAAGAGUUUUGGAGUGAAGGUGUGCAACACUCCCUACAUAGUUGACAAUGCCACAGCGGACAUUGGGAUGGCAUUGAUGUUGGCAUCAGCAAGGAGAGUUCUUGAAGGACAUAACUUUUCGAAAUACCAUGAAUCAGAAUACAUGCCAGAGUCGUCUUUGGGCACUGAUGUCAGUAGUGCCACCUUGGGUAUCAUUGGUAUGGGGAGAAUCGGAUUUAAGGUUGCCAGAAGGGCUCAAAGUUUUGACAUGCGAAUCCUCUAUCACAAUAGGAAUAGAAGGAUUGAGGAAGAUGAGAGGGCUGUGGGUGCUGUGUAUUGUGAGAAAAUGGAAGAACUGCUGCAGAAGUCUGACUUUGUAAUGAUUGUGGUCAGUCUGUCUCCUCAGACACACAAGCUGAUUGGCGCUAAAGAACUCGCCAUGAUGAAGCCCAGCAGUACCCUCAUUAACAUCAGCAGAGGUUUGGUUGUUGACCAAGAUGCUUUGGUUGAUGCUCUCCAAAGGAAAGUCAUAAAAGCUGCAGCUCUGGAUGUCACAUACCCCGAGCCUCUUCCAAAAGAUCACCCUUUAUUGUCAUUUCCGAACGUCAUUGUCCUACCACACAUGGGUACACACACUGUGGACACCUCUCGGAUCAUGGUGGAGAGAAUGGUGGCCAAUGCCCUGGCAGUUCUGAAUGGGGAGCAACCUCCAGAUGAAGUGAAGAUAUAGAUCACACCUACCUGUGUCACCCCCCUCAAUUUUAAGCCCAGCUUUAGAGCUAUACUUAAUUAAUUAGCAUUUCAUAUACAGUAAAUAGGGCCAGUGGUAAACACUGUAGAACUCUGUGGGUGUAAGUUUUGCAUCAUAUUUUUCUUUCAAAGGAAUUAAAUAUUGCAAAAUUGUGACAGUUUUAACUAUUUUCUGAUCUGAUUUUAUCAAAAUUGCAAAAAAUCUGAAAGCAGUUAGAUGCCAGAAAACUUUCAGUAAAUCAGUAUAUAUUUUUGUGUAUUGCAAAUUAGUCAUUGUCAGUGUAUCACAUUGAAUGUCAGUAAAAUGUUCAGUAAAAGGGCACAACAUUUCCAACACUGAUUAAAAAUGUGCUCAGUUUCUCUGCUCCUUGAAUAAUACAAGAAGGUAUUUUGCUGUUGGUGUAAGAGCAUAAAUUGUCAAGGCAAAUGAUCUUGAUUUUGCCUAAUCCUUGUGUUUGGAAUGGAAAACACUGGAUCUACAUUACAGAGUUUCUGCUGAGAGAUUUGCGUCCAGGAAUAAUAAAGUUUACCAGACAAACUGGAAAAAAUCCAGUCAUCAA